GACGGACGCUUUUGAUGAUACACAAACAUGGCAGCGUACGUAUGCACGAGAUUUUGUAUAAAUAAAUUCAAAGUCUCGAUUACGUUUAUUCCGCGACGGUAUCGAGUUAAAACAAAAUGGGCAGCGACAAGGCCCAAGUUUCCAUCUACUGAACUUGCUCUGCAAAACUUUGACGCAACGUACAGUUUACAGUUUAAGGACCUGUGGCCCUCUAUUCGAGUCGCCAUGCUGUGUGAACAAAAGUAUGGGGCACUGAUGAACAGUUUUUCUUCAGAACCUCACAUAAUCACAGAUUUAGAAGCUCAAGGUUGUAAAGAUUUCGUCAGUAUUGGCUGUUCGAGUAAUGAUGAGGUACAUCAACAUUCACAGGAGGACUCCACAACCUCACACAUAGAUUCAACAGAGCUAGAACCUGAUGCUCUUCAACACAAUAUAAGUCCUGAUAUCAAAUGUCUUGUUUUUCCACAAGGAGACAUAUCUAGAUUUAAGCCCGCAAGACCUGACAGCAGUGGUAUAUUGGGAUAUUACCUUCUGGAUGCUGCUUCGGUGCUGCCUGUACUAGCGCUGGACGUCCAGCCUGGACACACAGUGCUGGAUCUGUGUGCAGCUCCUGGAGGGAAGACCCUUGCUCUCCUACAGGCACAUUCAGUCGAUUAUCUAUGGGCGAAUGACUUAUCAGUUUCCCGCACAACACGAUUACGCAAGACUCUUCAGAGCUACGUGCCUAAAGAGUUUUUGGAUGAAGACAAAAUCCACAUCACAUCCACUGAUGGUUGGCAGUUAGGCCUGACAGAGGAGAACCGCUUUGACAGAGUGCUUGUAGAUGUUCCCUGCACCACAGACAGACACUCUGCAAUGGUGGAGGAGAACAAUUUAUUUAAGAGGUCCAGGACCAAAGAGAGACAGAAACUUCCACUCUUGCAAACACGGCUUCUUGUAGCUGGGAUCCAGGCCGCUCGCCGAGGUGGACACAUAGUGUACUCUACAUGUUCCCUGUCCCAGCUGCAGAAUGAGUGUGUGGUGCAACAGGCCAUAAGUCUCGCUGAGGAGGAGCUGGGAAUCACAGUACAGGUUCAGGACCUCAGAUGGUUCGCUCAACGUUUUUCUGACACUUUCCACUUUGCGCCUCACUUAAGUGUUGGGGAGCUGGUUUUGCCACACCUGUGUGCCAACUUUGGACCUAUUUAUAUGUGUAAAUUACAACGAAUAAACUAGCCGGACAUUCAGAUAUUAAUGCAAAUGACAGUGUCACACCACUAUUGCUGCAAUAGGGCACCCUAGUCACCAGACAUGGAACUUUCUCUGAAUAUAACUUAAAAAAAUUAUAAUUAUUAAAGAAGGCUUUAAUGUAACUCCACCUGGUAAUAUGUUACUGUUGUAAAGAUAAUAGUGAGAAUCAUGUAAUUUAUCAUUUUAUCGUUCUUUAAAGUUAAAUAUGAUAUAAUAAUAGUUUUGUGUUUCCAUUUUCACUUGGGAAGGUUUAAAUCUGUCAAACAGAUGAAGGUUUACAAAUAAAUAGCAGUGCAGUAUCUAUGCAGAGUAAAAUUGAAAAUGUAUCCUCUGAGUACAACAGGGAAAAAGGAGAACCUAUUGUUCCUGCAAUGAUGACAAAUCAACUAAAAACAAAUAAUUGAAAUUAAGAAUAGAGAAAUGGUUUUGAAAACUGAGAAUCCUGUUCAUUUGUAAUUCACGUGUUCCCAAGUUUGGCCAGUAGGGGGCGUCGACGAACCGUUAUAAAACUGAACUGACAAUAUGCUUGUCUGCAUGAUUCAAAGAAGAAACAGUACUGUGUCUUUCUGUCAUGCAGAUUGCCAAAACAUGCUGGUCUUCAUUUUACAGUUAUCUUAAAUGUAUUUAUUUAUGUUAAUGAAGUACUUCAUUUGCCUAUAAGGGUUCAGAGAAAAUCCCUAAAACAACUGUGUGUGUGUGUUUGUAUAUAUAUACAUGUAUAUAUUCCAUUGCCCCGUCCCCCCAUAUUUCUUUACUUUCCAGCAAGUAAUUCAGAGGAGUUUAAAGAUAAUGAAAUGUUCACAGGUCUGUUAUACGGAUAAGUAGUUCACAUGUAUCAAGUCUUAGCUAAACUUUUUUAAUUUUUUUAUUUUCGGGGAUAAUUAAGAUGAUAUAUCUAGUCACAAUUGCUUUCAGGUUUUACAUAAUUUCUGAAUACUUUAAAUUUUUAAGUAGCAUCUCAAUUAAUAUGAGGCCUAUACCUGAGUUUUGGGGUCCAAUUCCCUCCAUGAACUAAUUGCUUAUUAGUAUGCAUAUUACUAUUGGCUGUUAAUUAUAAAGCACAUCUUAAUGCC